AUGUUUUCCUCUAGAAGACUUUCGAGGCCUGCUCAGCAGCCACCAGCUGCCCCAACGUCAGGAGCACUGGCUGCGGCCACGGUAAUUGGUAAGGCUCUGAAGGAGAACGACCACAAGCCGGGCCCUCUGAAUUUACCUAAGCAACCUCAAAGAAACUCCCAGGCACACCGCAGUGCAAGUCUCUUGGGCACGACACGCGCCGCUAGUGCCACUUCGAAUACCAGCAGGCCGGCUUCGCGGACAGGCAGUCUAAAAAACAUUCCAAACUCGCCAGUCGCACAGACAAGACCUAUAAGAUCCUCCUAUGCAGUACCUAAGCGAGCCCAGAGUUUGACAGGUGCCGGGACUCGCAAUCAACAGCCCCAUCGUCAUCAGGGGCCUUUCAAUGGGUCCAGCACGCAUUACGAAGGAUUUGACAUGGAGUCGCCGGCUGCGUCCGCUCCACCAAAAAUGGUGAAAAAAUGGGUUCCAUCAGCCCACGGUCUAGUCUGUAUUGAAGUUCCUGCAGAGCAAUCCGCCAAAGAGUCUGCCAAUGCCCGCAGAAUUGUGGCCCGCUCUGCAUCCAUGAACUCCUUAUCGAGUCGGGCCAGAAACCAAAGACUUGCAGCAAAGUCCGGUCCACCGCCUACACAAAAGAAAAGCGUGCAGGGCAUGUAUACGCAGAAAUCUCAAAUGUCCGCUGGUCCCACUAUUGUGGAAGACGAGACUGAGGACAGGAAAGAAACAGCAGAGCAUAACGUCCCGCCUAAAUCUGACACCAUUGCUGUCAAAUCUGACUCUGCUGAAUCGCAUGAAGCUCCGAAGGAAGAGGCUAAUGACUAUACAGAAGAUGAACGGGAGCUGGCUGAACAAAAGCUGGAGGAGCUUGUCAGACAGAAAGAGCAGGAUAUAUUGCAGUCGGUGCUGCAACAACAAGAGCUGGAAGCUUCACAUUCUUUGGUAUCCGUGUCCAACGAGUCGGUGUCCAUCCAAAAUCCGCAGGCCACAUCGAAUCUCUCCAAGGCGUCCCUCUCGGGAUCCUCCAAUGGCUAUGACGAGGUUGCCUUUGUCGAUGGAUACUCCGGUGGCUCCACCGACAAUCUUAACGCGAAAGAACAUUCGGAAAAUGCGGAAAAUGCGGACGAGUCUUUGCUGACAGGCACCAGUGCUGACCAUACUUUCCAAGAAAGCGAUACUGCCACCUCAAACACCACACAGGACAUGGACCAGACCAUGGCUCAACGGCUCAGACCGACGCUUGGGUUCCAGAGAUCGUCACAAGAGCAGAUUUCCAGUGCAUCGCAACCUGCCGAUGAUCCGGAAAUUCCAGCUCGCUCUCCCAAGAGACCUUCCAUCAGCAAGUUGGAAGACAUUGACGGUUCUUUGAGCGCCACGCCGGAAAGAGUACCCGGAUCUGCUGCCGAGAUACCAAAGAGAAAAUCCGUUCUGAAAAACACCAAUAGCUCGUCCAAGUCUGCGAAUGAUGUGUCAGCUUCUUCUCCUGCCUACCUCUCAUUGGCCACAGCCGAGAACACCAGAUUGAACGCAAUGGCUUCUUCGUCGUCUCUAAAUUUGUCGCAGCAACCUCGCGCAUCUCCAUCACAAAAGAGAGUUCCUCAACCAGAAAGGGUAACCAGGCAACCUGCUAACGAGCACAAAGGAAUGCGCCUCAGUUUGCGUAACACGCAGACGGCCCCCCAAAGAGGAAGGCGUGACUCUGUUGGCGGUCUACCACCCAACAACUCAUCAACGCCCGCGCAUCUAGCAGCAGCUACGCGAGCCGCAGCAGCUACGCGAGCCGCACAACACCACAAUCCAGAACAAUUUGAAGCAACUCAGAUGGCAAAGAAACACGAGUACAAGGCCUCGCCCAGGACGGAGGCUCAAUUGCGCGCGGCUGAACUUUACAAGAAGGCCAACGAGAGAACAAGUCGCCACGAAUCCAUCCUUAAUGUUCAAUAUGUACAACAGGUUGGCGUAAAGCUUGAGAGGACCUCCUCUUUCGAAAAGAACCAGGAGGCUAAGAGAUCCAACAGGUUUACGCUGAGAGACGAGCCUGCUUUUGCGUCGGCCCAGGAACAACAAGAACAAGCGCAAGUAUAUCAGGUUCCAUACAAAUCGCGUUUCGAUGACAUUGAUUCCGACGCUGAGGAAGGAACCGGACAGCUCAAUGGCAAGCUAUCUCGGAACACACUGAGAAGCGCUAGUGCAGAACAGCCGCCUACGCAGCAACAGCAGAAGCCAGCAGAGCAAAGGUUCUUUAGCGAGCAGGUUCGACAAGGCAGCGCUCCUGAAGAGAAGAAGAAGAGAUUCGGCAAGCUCCGCAAGUUGUUUGGCAAGAAUGCCAAGCAUUGA